UACAAUAAGUUUAUAGGACAUUUCUAGACGUCUUGUCAAGUAUUAAACAUUUAGAUAUUUUUGUGGUUUUAUAACCCUAAUUUUGUUGUUUUAAAUGUUACUCUUUAUAUGGUGAUUGGUGAAUGCCAUAACUAGCUUCUUAUAUAUAGUGGAGAUUGAGUCAGUUUUUGUGGAACUACUCAUGGUAGCCAUGGAUUGGUACUCAUGGUUAUCGAAAACCAAUCUCGACCCGUACUUAGUUUACGAGUACGGACGGAUGUUCACGCACAACGAGCUUCAAAGAGGAGACACCACUUACUUCAAUCAUGAGUUCCUUCAAAGCAUGGGAAUCUCUGUAGCCAAACACAGGCUAGAGAUACUGAAACUUGCAAGGAAAAGUAUUGGCGGACGUCCGCAGAAUGGCUUUUCAAAGCUUGUUUCUGCUAUUAUCAAGACCAAAAUGCUGCUUACCAAGAAACUCGGGAGAUGCGUCUACCACAAACCGGCCCAUACGCCAAGGCCCGACAACAACCCGUUUAGACCGCAGUGGCCCAGUAGUAAUCUAAGGAAGAACAUGGGGUUUGAGGAGGAUAAGGAAGAAAGAGUGAAAAAAAUGAUGAAAUCUGGACCAUUGGACAGGAUGCAAGAAAGUAUUUACAUGAGCCCGAAACGGGUUUUAAGCGUUUCGGGCCCGCUUGAUAGGAAGGUGCACGAGAAUCUGAUGUUGAUGUACAGUAGUCCGAUGGAGAGCAAAGCGGCUGGACCCAACAUUUCGGGAUCGGUAGACGUUAUGGGUUACAGUAGUCCGAGAAUCGGGAUUCCGUGCGGGAUGGUGAAGACGGGUGAGGAAGAUGAUGGUAUCCCUUCACUUUGGUCUUUAAUGUUUCAAGAUAUGAAACCUACUUAAAAUUAACCAUUUGCAGCUGGUGGUUGUGUAUUUGUUUCAACACCAAAUGUUUCUUUUUUUGCAUUUCAUGUAAGUUUUUUUCUGAGAUUUUACAUAUCAACAUUUAUUUACGGUGCCUA